GACCGUCGCUCUCUCUCCGGGUAGUUCAGCAGCGGCGGCGCCUUCUCAGCGUCGACCCUCCGCAGAGAGCGAAUAGAUACGAAAACAGCCAUUUUUCCACGGGUCGAGCCGCCGGUCAGCUCCCGUGUGAGAGCUACCGGGCUCGGGGUGACACGGGAUGAUGUAGCGGAGAAACUCUUCUGGAAGAACUGCGCAGCACAUUAGCAUGCUAGGCUAACGCGGAGGAGAAACUAGCCGGGGAGCUAACGACGGCUAACGUUCACCUGCGGGCUGCUGCCGCCCGAACGACGGGAUGGAAAGUGCGAAGGAAAGCGGCUCAGGGGCGGCGUCCACCGCGCCCGAGCCGCAGGGGAUGGUCGAUUCGGCCAGUGACACUAGCUCCGGGAAGCCCGGUGGAUUGACGCCGCUAUCCGCCGGGAAGAGACCCUCCAUCGGGGAGGAUGACGGAGGCGGCGCAGAGGCGAAACUCUUCGGGAAGGGACUCGCGGCCACCUCCCUCCUCCAGAUCGCGAUCAGGAACGGGAUCUACCAGAACCAGGUGGCCAACGCGAUCGGUGGUGCGGCCAAAUCGAUGACGAUGCCCGCGGUGAAAACAGCCAACAUCUACAGCCUGACGUCCGCCGGCAGCAGCACUUCUGUCAACUCGCUGCUGAGCCGGAGGCGGCAGCGGCACAAGCGGAACCUGUCGCUGGGCGCGCCGCCGACCAGCAGCGGCUCGGCCGGGGCGUCCUCCGCGGAGGCGCCCGGUCCCGCUCCCUCCGCCUCGCCGCUGAGCACCCUCAGCCUGGACAGGAGGACGUUUCUCCGGCAGAAGCAGUCCAAGCAGCUCCAGGCCUCGGACAAGACCUGGGUGAGAUCGGACCUCCGGCGGGGCUGCGUUCACAUCCACGACUGGCUCACGCCCUCCUACCCGCGCCCGGUGCUGUGCACAUCGGACACCACGGCCAAGGAGGUGGCCUGUAGGCUGGAGGGGAGCAAAGCCGGAGCGGUGCUGAGGAUUAACUGCAAAACCUCCGCUUUAGUUGAUUUGAAUGACAACUGUAAAGAAAGUGCCGAGAACCUCCAGGAGCCGGUGGAGGUGCGGAUCCUCCGGGAUGAGACCGAGCACAUGAGACGUUACUUCCCCGAUUCCAAACCUCUGGAGGAUAAACCCGCCAGUAACUCUUCCUCUGAGGUGUACCUGGAGGAGGUCGGGCUGGAGCUGAACCUCAGUGUGGCGGACUGCUAUGGGCUCUACUCCGGCUCGGACAUGGAGGGCAGCACCUGUGAGGACCUCAGCCCGGGGGGCCCCAGGAGCACCGAGCACCGGGACUCCCUGAGCGACGGCCUGGGUCUGGGCACCGACUCCUCCGUGCUGAGCCUGAACUGUGACAGCGCCCCGGAGGGUCCCGACCCCUUCGAGAGCUCCUCGGAUGACCUGGAUCUCGCCUCCUCUCCCACACACUCACCCGGGGACUCUGCCGCAGACCAGCAGGGGGACCCGGCCUCUGCUGCAGACCCCUCCGGUGCUCCAGUGACCAGACCGGACCACAGUGAAACUGCACCAGGGGAUAAUACAGACCCCCCACAGCUCAUUCAACCCCCCUCCAAGUGCCCCAGCAGCUCCCAGUCCAGGCCCCUGACCAGCCAGGCCUCUGUGCAGCCGGACCCGGAGACCCCCGGGGGGAGCAGGGCAUGGCCGGAGCCCACUAACACCAGUCCCACCCCGGCCCUCUUCGUGCAGCUGCACGGGGGAGCGGUGCGGCGGCUGCGGGACGAGGAGCGGCCUCUGCAGAUCUUAAACCAGUACCUGUCGGAUCUGGGCUAUGAGGACUCGUGCAGGGUGCAGGAGGAGGGCAUGAACCCAGAGAUCGGCUGCCUCAUUCGGUUCUACUUUGGUAAGCCUCGCAGCGUGGGCGGCUCUGAGCGCGUGCAGCUCUCGGGGGUGUUCAACGUUCGGAAAGGGAAGCUGGCGCUGCCGGUGAACCGCUGGUCGAAGCGCCAGGUCACGCUGAGCGGAACCUGCCUCAUCGUCUCGUCUGUGAAACACGCCCACACGGGCAAGAUGCACAUCCUCCCGCUCAUCGGAGGAAAGGUGGAGGAGGUGAGGAGACACAGUCACUGUCUGGCGUUCAGCUCCUCUGGGCCUCAGAGUCAGACGUACUACAUCAGCUACGACUCGUACACAGAGCAUCUCCGCUGGCACAGAGCGGCCUCCAAGACUGCGUCGCAGAGGGUGAACUCAGUCGACCUGUCGUGCUGCAGCCUGGAGGAGCUGCCUGCUCAGCUGUUCUACAGCCAGGACCUCACCCACCUCAAUCUCAAAAACAACUUCAUGUCCCCCCACAAAGGAGUUCCAGCACUCACCAGGUUCUGUAAACUGAGAAGCCUCAGUCUGUCAAACAACUCUCUGUGCGAGUUUCCUCCGGCCUUGUGUGACAUCACCUCGCUCACCGAGCUCAACUUGUCUGGAAACCGUCUGUCGUCACUGCCUGCCGAAGUGGGGACCAUGCACAACCUGCAGACGCUCCUCCUGGACAGUAACCUCCUGAGCUCCCUGCCCCCGGAGCUGGGCUCUCUGGAGAGCCUGACCUACCUCGGCUUAUCCUUCAACUGCUUCGUCUGUGUCCCGGCCGUCCUGGAGAACCUCAGAGGCAUGGAGAGACUCUGCCUGGCAGGGAACCAGCUCUCUGUCCUGGACCUGGUGGGACUGCAGUGGCUGCCUGCUCACCACAUAGAUCUGAGAUUAAACCAGCUUCAGAAGGUGACAGUGGGAGACCCGGAGCAUCUGGUCCACAUCGUCCAGCUGGACCUGAGGGACACUGGUCUACAGGAGCUGGAUGUCAGCGCCCUCUGCAGGCUGGAGCUCCUCCGCUGUGACAGAAACGCUCUGUCCCUCCUCAGAGUCAGUGGCCACGCCCUCAAGAGCCUGCACGCCGCACAUAACGAGCUGAAGCAGCUGGAGGUUCAACCUGUUCCAGAGAAUCUGACGGUCCUGGAUUUGUCCUGGAACAAGCUGGAGUGUGUUCCUGACUGGGUGUGUGAGAGCAGCCGACUGGAGGUGCUGGACAUCAGUCACAACUCUGUAACCGAGCUGCCCAUACGGCUGCUGUCCAGUGUGAGCUUGAGGAAGCUGCUGUCGGGCUGGAACCAAGUGUGUCGACUGGCUGAGAGGCUGGAGAGGUCGCAGCUCGAGGUCCUCGACCUCCAGCACAACUUUCUGACCGAGCUGCCACACAACCUGUUCAUGAAAGCACAGAGCUUGCGAAAUCUAAACGUGUCGGCCAACAAGCUGGAGAACCUGCCUGCAGCCAGCCUAUCAGAGGACAGCUACAGCAGCCUUGAGGAGCUCUACGUGACCAAUAACAGCCUGACAGACAAGUGUGUCCCUCUCCUGCCGGGACACGGCGCCCUCAGGGUGCUUCACCUCGCCUACAACCAGCUGCAGACCUUCACUGCCAGUAAACUGGCCCGACUGGAGCAGCUGGAGGAGCUCGACCUGAGCGGCAACAGACUGAGGGCCGUGCCCACCACCAUCCUGAGCUGUCAGCGCCUGCACACGCUGUCCGCCCACUCCAACUGCAUCAACGCCUUCCCCGAGGUCCUGCAGCUGCCGGAGAUCAAGUGUGUGGACCUGAGCUGCAACGAGCUGACCGAGGUGACUCUGCCCGAGACGCUUCCUCCGAAGCUUCAGGAGCUGGACCUCACGGGAAACCCCCGCCUCAACCUGGACCACAAAAGCCUGGAGCUGCUGAACAAUAUCCGAUGUUUCCGAGUCGACCCGUCUCCUUCGGCCACGUGUGUGAGCGAGAGCCACCGGGCCCCGGCCGUCUGGAGCCACGGCUACACUGAGGCCUCAGGGGCCAAAAACAAGUUGUGUGUCGCUGCUCUGGCUCUCGACGGCUUCUGUGGGAUCCGCGAGGCUCUGUACGGAGUGUUUGACGGCGACAGGAACGUGGAGGUGCCCUACCUGCUGCAGUGCACCAUGGGAGACGUGCUGGCCGAGGAGCUUCACAGGAGCCAGAGGCAGGACGACUACAUGACCAACACUUUCCUCACCAUGCAAAGGAAGCUGGGCACGGCCGGGCAGAGGAUGGGCGGCUCGGCGGCGCUGUGCCACAUCAGACACGACCCGGUGGCUCCCGGCGAGCACGGCGGCUGCUUCACCCUGAAGGCCGCCAACGUGGGCCGGUGUCAGGCCGUGUUGUGUCGAGACGGCAAAGCUCUGCGUCUGUCCACCGCACACAGCGUCACAGAGGAGGCGGAGCUUCAGAGGGUUCGAACGCACAACGCCGUCAUCACAGAGGAUAACAAGGUCAGUGGUGUAACGGACUCCACCAGGAUCAUGGGUUACUCCUUCCUGUGCCCGUCUGUGACCCCCCGACCGCACGUCUCCACCGUGACGCUCACCCCACAGGACGAGUUCUUUGUCCUGGGCAGCCGGGGGUUGUGGGACAUGUUGUCUCCCAGCGAGGCGGUGGAGGCGGUCAGGAAUGUGCCGGACGCUCUGGCAGCUGCUAAGAAGCUGGUGACUCUGGCUCAGAGCUCCGGCUGCUCCGACAGCCUCAGCGCCGUCGUGGUCCAGCUCAGCAUCACCGAGGACUGCUGCUGCUUCUGUGAGCCGCCGCCCCCGCCCCCCAGCCCCGGCCUGGGCGCACACGCCGGCACACACCAGUACUCAGCGAGCGGGGACGGGGCCAUACCGCCGGCCUCCUCGGGGACAGUGAGCGAGCUGAGCAGUGAGUUCAGCACGUCCGAGAUGAGCAGCGAGGUGGGAUCCACGGCGUCGUCAGAGGAGCCGCCGCCGCAGGCCGAGCCCCCGACCUCCCACCUCAACCUGCCGGGGCGGGCCGGCGGUCGGAGACCCGCCUGCGGGGGAGGGAGCUUCCAGAGGCAGUUCUCUGGAGCGCUGUCUGACAACGGCCUGGACAGCGAGGACGAGGAGCCAAUCGCAGGCGUCUUCUCUAACGGCAGCCGGGUGGAGGUGGAGGCCGACGUCCACUGUCUGCACCCCCCCGACAGCCCAGCAACGCAAACACACGCUCACGCUCAGCCAAGCACAAACCUCCAUCCUGCUGUGGCCUCGCUUCACGAGCCUUCCCCGUCUCCCCUCUCCUCCCAGUCUCCCUCCCCCGUCCCUCCCUCCUCCCCCGGCCUCAGCAGAGAGGCUCGCUCCGGGACUCUGGGCCGAAGGACUCGAGCUAACGGCUCAGUCGCCUGCCAAGGGAGGAACCAGGACCUCAUCGAGGAGGCCGGCGACGCCCCCGUCAGGAAACAGGGGGGCUACUUCAACGCACCCGCCCAGCCGGACCCCGACGACCAGCUCAUCAUCCCCCCCGAGCUGGAGGAGGAGGUGCGGCAGAUCAUCCAGCAGCAGCAGCAGCAGCAGCAGCAACAGCAACAGAUGCAGACGCACAACCAGCAAACGCACAACUUCCAGAAGCCUGCAGACUACUUCGUCACACCACUCUAACGCCUCUUCUCCUCCUCAGCCGCCCCCCCCCCCCCCCCCCCCCCCCCCCAUCACAGAGCGACAGGGACGGAGAACGAGGAGUCGGGCGGUCGGGGACGACGCUCCCUCCUGAAGCCUCACUUUCCUGAUCCUGGACCAGAGACUGUGUUUCCUUACAGUUUCUGUUAUUGACUUUAUUUCCGACUGUUAACUCUACGGCCCUUGAAAUGCAAUGCAAUUUUUUAUAACACUUUAAGUUGAUUAAAUCAUCAUGUAAUGACUUUUACCAUAUCUUUAAUUUGAAGAAGCACUUCUUAUUAGAGAUGACUUCUAUGUUAAAUGGUACUUUGAGAUUUGGACCAUGAUGUUUUUGUGUCGGCCGCGACGGCCUCAGAUGUCGGAGUUAGUAAAACUGUUUAAUUAACUCUCAGGAGUUUAAACUUUAAAGUGACCUCGUCACUGUACUAAUGUUCUCUGAGAGAAAAGACCAUAAGGUUUUCCAGGUUUGUGUUUUUAGGGGUUGGGGGUGUUCGGAGUUCAGAGUGGUGCUGCAGUGGUGAGUGGAUGCUGAUCAGUUUCAUACCAGCUCGAUACCUGUUCCCAGAACAGUUUCAGUCUCUUUGCGAUGGCAAAUCGUACAAGAGAGCUACUUUUGCUAUGUAAUAAAUUAAAGUUUUCAGAUAACCACAA